AUGGGUAGAUACAGUGUGAAAAGAUAUAAGACAAAGAGAAGAACCAGAGAUCUUGAUCUUAUUUAUAAUGACUUAUCAUCGAAGGAGUCGAUUAUGAGAUUGAAAAACCAGCCACUUGACGAGAAUAAGGCCGGGUUGGGACAAUAUUAUUGUAUUGAAUGUGCCAAAUACUAUGAAAAUCAGGAGGCAUUAGACCGCCACACCAAGGGUAAGGUGCACAAGAGAAGAGCCAGAGAUUUGAAGCAAAGGCCAUACAGCAACUUGGAAUCGGAAGCGGCCACAGGAGUCAAUAUGCUUAAAUUCAUGGAAUCAGUGGAGAAAUACAAGGCAUUGGAGCAAUUCAAGGAGCAAAAUAAACAGGAGUUCGACGAGUUGAAGGACCAGAAGAAAGACAACUUGGAUGCGAUUAUAACCGGGAUCCCAAGUGGGGAGGCUGGCCAAGAAGACAAGCCAAUAGUGCCCGAAGGCGAGGUCGAAAUGACCGACAACUGA